AUGGCGAAAAUCAGGGCAAUCAAGUCCAUCAUUACUGGUGAGGAGGGCGAGUCCCAACCACCGGAGGCAACCGAGGGAACAUCAUCCGCACCUGCCGGGCAGAAGAAGAGUGCGGUAUUGGCCCUCGCCAGCGAACAACCGGCUGGCCGGUCAAAGAAAAGACCGAGAAAGGACCCGGCCGGGCAAAGCCUCGCUGAUGAAGACUCCACUGAGCUCGCCGCCACCAAGCUGGGCGACCAGACCGAACAACCAUUGGGCGGGCCUUCCAAAUCCCCAAGUUCCCCCCCCGCCGACAUGAAGAAGCACGACGAGCUGUCCGAUCUGAAAGUGCUUCACUCAAUAGCCAAGUCGAUAGUGCUGGCCGCGCAAAAGAAUUACCUCGCCCACGAGCGUAUGAUCGCCGUGGGGCAGAGUUUGCGUGAGGCCAUCGCCGAGAAUAAGGCCCAAAAGGUUGAGAUAGCAAAACUCAAGGCUGCGCAAGAAGCGGUCGCGGCGGAGCGAGACAUCCUGAGCCAAAAGGUCGACCGAGCUGACGAAGACAAGCAACGGGCCGUGAAGUCGAUGAAGGCUCGGUACCUUGCCGAGCUGAGGAAACUGCGCGAUGCCAACAAGGUAGCCAUGGACAAGGCGGUCGAUGAUGCCGAGGACCGGGGAUACGCUCAGGGCGAGAAGACUUACGAGCGCCAGGUUCAAGCGACCAAGGACAUCUUUUUCCAGUGCGGUUGGAAAGCCGCCGUGGAAAAAGUUGGCCUUGGUCAGGACGCUGACAUGUUCCUUAACCCCCCUGCAGCUCACAUCCCGAUCUAUAUGCAGGCGUACGCCAGUGCUACCCAGAACCGGCUUAUCGCUGAGGCAAGGAAAGAGGCCGAGGAAGAAGCCGCCGCAGCGCAACAAGCCGAGCAAACCACUACCGAAGCAUCCCAACAUGCGGAAGAUGAAGUGGCUAAUCGGGAGGUUGCUGUGAAGGAUGGAGCAGAUGAUGACGCCGGAAAAACCUGCCCGAGCAGACAACUGAGAUUGCCGAGCAGACGGUGGAGGCAACCGAGCAAACCGUGGACCUUGAACUGGACUAAAGAUCUUCCUAGUUUUUUGGCAUGUGCAUAA